UGCAUGGCUAUAUAAUGCAGGGAUCUGAUCCCAACCACACACACGGAUCUUAACAACCGACUACCAUGAAGAUUGCUCUUUGCUGCGCUGUGGUUUUUGCCUGUCUUGCUUUGGCCUAUGGAGAGGAGUGCCAGAACGUCUCGGGUUGUACUCACGUGACCUGCCCGGACAACGACUACACGCUCGAGUGCCACAACCGCCAGUGCACAUGCACACACACCACGGCCACAUGCGCCGUUGUUGGCGAUUGCAGGGGCAAUUGCAACCGUGACUGGCACUGCGUUGACGGUCGCUGCCGUUGUGGUUUCGGAUUCGGCGGCAUUGGCCGAUAGAUGGCGCCAUUCGUCUUCGCUUGUUAUAUAUAUAUAUCUGUUAUCCAAUACAUGAAUGUAACACGA